AUGUCUGUCACGCCGCCUCAGCAAGGCGGUCCAACCGACCCGUCAUCGUCCGAGGUGGACCCAAACGCCGGUCCAGCUACUGCUAAAUGGGGCACAGUCACGGGUGGCAUGCGCAGUCCACCACCCGCUCCUUCCUCGGGCGCCGGUGUCCGUCGCAAUCAUACCAUCCAUGGAGCCCGACAACACGGCAAGCCAAGAUUGGAGAAGCAUUUCGAGCAGCCGGAAGACUCCUCUGCAUCUGCGCCAAGAUCCCCAGACGCGGCUGCAUCGGGUCAUUCGGCGCCGCACAGCACCAGGUUCAACGACGAUCAGCCGCUUUACGGACUUCAGGCCUCGCCAUCCUCCAGCAGGGAAGCUUCUCUCGCCCACUCUUCGUCCUUCUCAGCCACAGCAGGCAAUGCGGCCGAGUUCGUUCCGUCCCUGACCCCCUUGCAGGCUCUCUAUUCCAAAUCAGGCGUUUCCCGCAAUCUUUCGCUGCCGAGUCGUCACACGAACAAACUCACCACCACCAACUUGCCGUCCAGCGCCACACAAGGCCGCACCAGCCAAUUUAACAGCCUCUCGGCCAUCACAGGAGGCUCUGACCUCGACGAUCACGACUGGGAAAAGCUCAUCCACUCGAGCAACGCGCUCGGCGACGAGCAUCAUCAGGAUCCUCACGCUUUGAACAGCCUCUCUGUGCGCACCGAUCAGCCCUGGUCCUCGUCCCUCUUCUCCACUGGCCAGCUCGGUGCGCCCGCUUCGUCGUCGCAUCCUACAUCGCCCAUCACCGGAUCUGGCCCCUUUUCCGAGGCGGCUCAUCUCGACGGUAGCGUCAGCGGCGUCGAUCUGUUUGGUGACACGCAAGCUUUGGGUGGCUCAGCGAGCUUCCUUCGUCGUCAUCAGUCCCUCAAUCAUCACGCAGGACGAUCAGCAGGUCAUCGUCUGGCAGCUCGUUCGAGUGAUCUUCGUAGCCGCUACGCAGGCGAUGCAGCCGACUCAGCGACGCCAUCGUACCCUUUGCAAAGCGACGCAGCAUUCAGCCCCGUACGCCAUACCACCAGCUUUUCCGCCACGAAUAGUCCCGUGAUGCCGUCAGGCUACUCCAAAGCACCUUGGAACCAGCCACCGCAAGAGCCCAUCGGAUCGCCAUCUCGCUUCGCCGGUUCCUUCCCGUCGCAGAGCCACGAUGUCCCGCACAACAGAUUGCCUUCUGGUUUCGACGGGCCCACGUCUUCCCUUGCCGACAUCAGUCAGAACCUGUCCAACCUCGACAUUUCGGGCUCUUCUGCGCUGGUUGCGGGCGACGAUCAGGAUUCGAUCACCCCGACGAAGCACUCUUUGUUCCCCAACUCCGCAGCGCAGAGCAGCAGCAGCGGCGGCGCUGACGGACAAGCUCUCGGCGGCAGAAGACUUCCUCAGCUGGUAACCAGCCGCGACGCCCUACAGCGUGGCCAGCGUGUCAACGGCGCGUCCGGUCCCAUGUCAGCUGCCGCCUUCGUGCCGCCGAUUGGCCAUGCGCACACUCGGCAUCAGUCCAACGACCUGUUCGCGAUCGAGGCUUCUACCUUCGACAUCGAGCCGUCUCAUCGAUUCGGACCCUUCACAGCAGCACCGACGGGCGGUUGGCAGGACAAGGACAGCAUCGCGGGACGAUUCGGCGAUGCAGCAUUAGGCGGACAAGCAUGGCCGCAGCAACCUCACUCUACCAUGAACAUCGAUCCCAACCUCAUGGCACUCAGCAUGGCUUUGGCGCAGGAACAGAAGCGCAACGCGGUGCUGCAAGCGCAGCUCAGAGCGCGCAGCAACCACUCAGCCGGAUCACCUGAUCCUCUAUUCUUCGGCAUGCAGCCGAUAGACCUCAAUGGUCCGAUGCAGUCGAUCGGACAGCAGCUGCGAGCAGGUGCUCUGCCGAGCUCUCCGCCGAUAGGUGGAAUCGGCAAUCUCCCAUCGCGAGGUCAGCCAUUCCCGAUGCAGCAGUCUACGCCCUCCCUCCGGCCUCCGGGCAUGCACGCUGCAUCGCCGCCCUCUGGACCCGCACCUGGACCCACCCUCGAGACCGGUGGAGCCACGCCGGUGGACGCGACAUCCCUCGCCCUUCAAAAAGGCUACAACCCCCCACCUGGCGCCUUCGGCCCCCCACCCCCCACCGCCCGCUUCUUCGUAAUCAAAUCCUACACCGAAGACGACGUGCACAAAUCCCUCAAAUACGAAAUCUGGGCCUCGACCGACAAGGGCAACCAGCGACUCGACAAAGCCUUCCGGGAAACCGCGCACACCGGACCGAUCUACCUGUUCUACUCGGUCAACGCCUCUGGACAUUUUUGCGGGAUGGCGCAGAUGCUGACCCCGCUUGACUACGCAACGUCCUCCAACGUGUGGGCGCAGGAUGGCAAGUGGAAGGGAACGUUCAAAGUGCGGUGGAUCUACGUGAAGGAUUUGCCCAAUGGGCAGCUGCGGCAUAUCCGGCUGACCAACACGCCCGAGUGCAAGCCGGUCACGCAGAGUCGGGAUACGCAGGAGCUGACGCCGGAAGCGGGGCGGGAGGUGUGGAGGAUCAUGUCCGAGUAUGGGGCCAAGACGAGCCUCUUGCAGGAUUUCAACUUUUAUGAGAUGCAGGGGAGGGGUGCGACGCAGCAGCAGCAAGUGGGGAGCCCAGCAAUGGGGUUGGGCAGGAACAGUCCCAAUCCGGGACUGACUUUCCCCGCGAGUCCGGGUGCGAGGAGCGCAAGUCCCAACGGGGCAAGGAGGGGGCAGCAGAGUGGGACGCCUCAGAGACCCCACGGUGUUUCAGGGCUGGGGUUGACAGGCACCCCGAGGAGCGGCGUCAGGCAGAUCAACGACCUCCGGGGAGACGGGGGCGGACUGAAUGACACGACGGCGGCUCAGAACGCUGGACUGGCCCCGUCGGCCAUCUGA